AUGGUUCAGAUGAUGGGUCUUUGUUCAGAAUCAUCGAACGACUCCAAUGAUGGAUCUGCCUCAGAAAGUUUCAUUUUGGCCGAAGAACGCCGGCGCACUGCUUGGACAUGCUUCCUCAUGGAAAGCCUUCUCAGCGGCGGUGGCAGUCGGACUCGUAUUCUCACAUCUGAAGAUAUGACGAUCCAACUUCCAUGUGAAGACGAGCCAUUCGUGUUUGGGAACCCUGUGCGAUGCGAAAUGCUAAGCGGCAGCUUUGAACCGCAGACGCCACCCAACACAGUAUCAAAUCUGUCUAUUCUUGCUUAUACCGUCAGAGUCGCAGAUAUAUGGGGUGAUGUGGCGAAAUGGGCAUCGUGCGGCGACGAAUCCGUCAAUGAAAGCCAAGGAUGUCGGGAGUCAAGGGCGCACAGCCUUGUCUCGUCACUCCAUCAUUGGAAAUCAACAUUGCCGGACCGGCUAAGGUACAGUUUGUUCUCACUCCAAGCUCACAGCGUGCUUGAACAAGGCCAAGGUUUCUGUUAUAUGCACUGCAUAUAUUUCAUGGCCAUCAUAUUCCUCCACCGCCACUACCUGCCACAUUUGGGGCUUUCAAAGGGUCAGAGACAUCCGAACCGCUCGGACCACGAAGCGUUUCUGGACUGGGCGAGCCGCUCAUCCCAGACUCUCUACGACACCGCAUCGACCGUGUGUGAUAUGUGCGAGGAGAUAAACCGCUUCGGCGCAGAUUUCCGGAGGGGGCUGGUUCCUUGGAUUGGUUUCACCGUGUACACAACCAUUGGCGUUAUGCUCUACUUUCAAUCCUUUCCGCUCGAGCCGACCAUGGAGUUUGCCACCAAGACCAGGCACAGGCUUCAUAGUGCAUACUUGCUUCUCAAGGAAAUGAAAAACGAAUGGCCCAUGGCAAGCCGAUGGCUUGAAAACAUCUGUUCCCUGCAACAGUAUCACGCCUCCCGGCUGCAAAAGAACAAACUGUCAGCACAAGAGCUCCGAAGCUUCCGAAACCUGAUGGUCGACUAUGGCGCCCUGCACGACAUCCCCAUCUCUGACCCGACGAUCGUGUCCGUUCGCUCUACAGGAACCACACCAGACACAAAUUCAGAGCCAAGCGCUUGCCGGGACUUAGCCCCCAGACGACAACAACAACAUCAUCAUCAUCAUCAUCAUCACUCACAGCUACAAGAUACGCCUCAAUCGGCGAGGACCGAGUCAAGCAGCGACUCGUCACUGGGCGACAUGCUGAACGUCCUGGGCGAUUUUGAUAGCGUCGACUACCUCGUGUCCGAGGAAGAGAUGGCGGGGAUUUUUCAAGAGUUCUGGACUUUGUUCCCUGGAGAGGUUGGCGCGGAUAUGGCCUUCCAAGGACCGUACGCACGACUCGCUGGCGCGUGA